CUGUGCCUCGGCCACGCCAUGCGCGGCCUGCCCGCCCGCGCCCUCGUGCUCGCCCUCGAGGUCAGCACCACCAUGGUGCGCAGCGAGCUGGACAGCGUGGACGCCCUGCAGGAGACCCGCAUCGGCGUCGCCCUCUUCAGCGACUGCGCCGGCGCCGUCGUGCUGACCAACGGGAUUGGCAGCGACGGGCCAGGGCCCCGCGCCUCCCUCCCGUCGCCGCAGCCCGUCUACGACCUCCUCGGCUGGGAGCACGCCGUGCUGCCCGACACGUCGGCCGACCUCGGCUUCGACGUCGACCCGGCGGGCUGGAAGGUGGUCCUGUCGCCGCGCGUCCCGCACCUCGCGCAGGCGUCCAUCCGCCCCGCCUACGACGCGCUCCUGCGCUCCCUGCCGCCGCCGCCCCUCGGCCCGCCCGCGGGCCCCCGCAGCGACCCGGCCGACUUCGACUGGGCCAUGCACCCGGGCGGGGCGACGAUCCUCACCGGCGCGGAGCGCGCAAUGGGCAUCUCGUCCGAGCACAUGCGCGCCAGCUACGAUACCUACAUGAACCACGGCAAUAGCUCGUCCGCCACCAUCUUCGCCGUCCUGGACAGGCUCCGCUCCAAGGACAUGGAUGCGCUGGCGCCGCCCGCCCGGGGAGAAGCCGGCGGUCGCCCCCGCCCCAGGGAACACGUCGUCGCCUGCGCCUUCGGCCCGGGCAUCACCGUCGAGAUGUGCAUGCUCAGGCGGCGGAACGUGGGCCAGGCGGCGCGUGCCGCCCGCGACGUCUCGGGCCUGCAGACGCCGCCCGAGACGGAGAGCGAGGUCAGCAGCCGUAGCGGGGACGGGGACGGCGACGACGACGCCGAGGCGGCGGGAGCAACAGAAACUGCAAUAGCAGCAGGAGAAGGAGACGGAGUCCGGGAGCCGGCGGGUUGGCCGAGAGCGGGAGAUGGGGAUGGGGCUGGUGAUGAUGAUGCGUUCAUAAGCGAGGCGUUGGCUGGUGUCGAACUAGACUAGGCGACGGGCUUCGGGUGACCGCAUCUUGGGAGGGGGCGCGGGAGGCGUUCGGGCGUGACUACCUAGAGAGAGCAUUGUGUAUCGUUACUUACGAGCCGGUUUGAUUGGGCCGAUGAUACUUCUCAGCUACCUAGCCGAAAGCUCAUAUGAGGAGUUUGGAGAGGCAAUUCUGUUCCUGCCCCUUUCUCGUCUUGUUCUACAUUUCCCAUAGAGAUGAGGUUGUAUUAUGGUGUAUUUUCUAGCGGACUCGAAACAAACAACAUAUACGAA